AAAACAGCACGAUGUACAACCUGCAGCAGUUCAUCCUCAAGCAGGAAAGGGCUGAGUCCUGUCCACCACCUGCAGAAGGCUCCACCACAUCUACUGCCUCCUUCAACAUCAGGCACUCUAGCUCACAGGACGAAGCCACCGGCUACUGUUUCUAGACCUGCAGAGCCGGAUGACCCCACUGUGACUGCUGCGUCUAUGAAAGCCACAGCGAAGGCCCUGUUGCCGGUCCCUCCCCAGCUGCUCGCCAUUGCCCCAGAGCUCGGGAUAAAAGAGCAGGAGCCCCAUGUGUUGAAACAAAAUACAUCAUCCCCACAGAGUAUUGCCCCUGUGGAAGCACAGGGAGACACUGUCCAUGAUGAAGCUCCACCAUGUCCAGCGCCUCCUGUCAGGCAGCCAGCAGCCCCAGUCCCAGGCCACGAUCAGGAUGUUGCACAGUGGAACUGCUCCCAUCAGCAGAAGAUAUGGAUGAAGACUGAGCUCGAGACAUUGGGUCUGUGGCCAGAGUCACGUCCAGUAAGUCACCCAAUGAACAUGAUUUCCCUGUGGCGCUGUCCACCUCAGCCUGAGCUCAUAGACUCAAUUACUGAGCUGCCUUCGCCCAAAUAUUUUCAGCUCCACCCAUUCUUCAUCUGGAAGCAUUCAAUCAUGGAAAGGGUGAGGAAUAAUUCUGUCCUGCCCUGUCUUCAUGGUUGUCCAAACCCUCAGGUAGCUUCUUCUGGUGUUGGAAGGCCCAGAGUAAUCAUUGGCACCAGUGGUCAGUACUAUCUUUUGGCUUCACGGCUCACCUGUAAAGCCUGUAAGAGGUACUGGCAUGCUGACAAACCCCAAUGGCUGGAGAUGUUGCCAAAGCGCUUUAACAACAUUGUGCCAGCCUUCCUGACGCACAAAAAAGCCAUCUGCAAAUCUGUGAUGGAUGAGCUGAGACGCAGUGGCAGAUCUCCAGAGGACAUGUCCAAGCAGCUGACAGAGGCAGUCCAUCUUAAAUAUGAGAGAGCUCAUCUGGCCUACCUGCUGAGUGUGCAGAACAUCAGGGAUGCUGAGGAAGGAGUCUACGGCCAGAGAACCACCACUGGGCACCUCAGAGAAGCAGACACUCCAGUUUCAUUCGGUGGGUAUUCAGAUGCUGAUGGCUGGCGGGGAGUGUCUCUUUCUUCACACUACCUGGUCAACUGCCUGGUCCAGGAGUAUCAGAGGCAGGAGCAGCUCCUCACACUACUGCUGCAGGGGACCUUUGGACAGGCACUGAGGUCGGAUCACACUCGGAAAGUGGCAAGGAAGGUCGUGCUGUCGUCUGGCACCAUGUCUUCCUACGCCAUCAUGAACGAGAACUGGAUGAUCCUGAGCUGGGUGAUGCUGCAGUCAGAGAGUGAUCGGUCCCUUUAUCCGGUGUAUGAGAACUAAGACUAACAUACAUUUGUCUUAUUUCAUCCGUUUAUUCUAUUUUGCACAGUUUAUUGUGUCAUCUGACUAAUCUGAGAUACAAAUAUAAAGAAAUAGAAUAGAAAGAUAUCGUUUUUAAAAUAUUGUAAAUAGAUUAACAGUCUUAUAGUGUAUCAUCAAGUCUCAAGUAUUUUUCAACUGUAAUGAAAUGUUAGGGACUGCUGUGCUGCCUUCAAGGUCCCGGACCCCAGAGCUCAGGAACACCUGUCAUGGGACUGCUGGAAGACCACAGAGGUUAUUAUCACAGAGGCCACCUCUGGAAACCGAAAGACAUUUGCAUAAAGUUAGACUCGUUUCAUUGUAUGCGCUGGUUUACCAGAGAGUGUGUGUCAGAGCAUCAUCCUCUGUACAACUCUUUCUGCCAGCUCCUCUCUGCAGCCUUUCUCGUUGUGGACCAGGGGGAUCUCGAGAGGCUGAAGGACGCUUACAUCUUCUGUGGAAGACUUCCUGCUAAUCCAACCAAGCAGCACACGAGAGAUCACUGCAGGACAAAGGUGCCACAGCCCAGAGAACUGCUGCAGAGAGUGGAAGACGUCCUCCAUCACUUCCACCAGGCAAAGGAUGUGAAUGGUGUGCUCCUGUUUAAGGCCUGGCCCGGGGUGGGGGAGGGGAUCCUCUACAGGUAAGGUGGCACCUUACAGCUUAACUACACCAAGGGCGAAGGAGCGGCUGUACCUGUUUGGAUCCCUGUUAGAGGCACAUCUAAGCAGGAGGGCUUCCACUGUCACCAGGCCCAGUGGGUGACAGGCAACCGGGUGUCCACUGAGCUCUUCCAGGCCCAGGCCAUGACUGGAAUUGUGCGCUGGAACUUUCCACUGAAGCAGCCUGAUGUGGAGCUGCCAGCUGUGUUUGACCCUGCGCUCAUUUGGGAUCUGAACGCAGCCUGUAAAGGGUGACAGGGGUGCCAACAUACCCAACCCUGCACAUAUCGAACAGGGACACAAGGGAGAGAUUCGAUUUGCAGUAUGUGGAGCCAGGCUGUCGUCCUGUUGUGUUAAACUGGGACAAACACAAGACACAGCACAACCUCUCUGCUGCUGUAGCCGUGGAGACACAGCUGCACUCCUCUGCCCAGGAUGGAGUGCAUAACAUUUCUGCUGCUGUCGCGGGCACAGACUCUCAGGAGACCAGUGAUGGCGCUGCCCAGGACGACCCAGUGGGAGCAGUGCCGAUCCUCUGUUUCCAGCCACUGAUACCAGCAUCUGCCACAGCCAAAGAGGAGACUCACUCUUUGAUGGAUACAGACUUGCCAGGGGUAGCACCACUUCCCAUAUCCUCCUCUCCUCGAGCUGCCCGCACUGGACCCAUAAAGACGCGAGGCCUGGUUCAAGUCCUGGACCACGGCCGGUGGACGACCCCCAUGAGAGCAGCCAUUGAUGGGCUUCUGGCUAAACACCAUGGAGCCAAAGAUAUCCUGAAGAGGGUGGAUGCAGAAUAUGCUGCCAUGGUGCAGAGAGCAUGCACUGACCCCAACAGCCUCCUUCAUCCUACCACAGGCCAACCUAUCUCCAGAUAUGUAAAGCAUCUGGCCAAGCUCAAGAACACCAGCUCCUCUCUCAACACCAGCCCAGAGAAGGUUUUGGAGACUCAGCAGCUGUGGCAGAGUUUGACCACAGGCAGCCAAACAGUCAGUUUACCAGUCACAACCCUGCCUCCUGCGACCAUCAACCCUCCAGCUGUGGCUCCCCCCGGAGGAGUCACUGAGCCGGGCCACAGUGGAGAAGAUCGUGACAGAGAUCCUGGAAAAACAACAGCAACAACAACAGCAGAAGAAAAAGGUGACCAGAAAUUGUUUAUCCUGUGGUCAGCCAAAGUCCAGGUACCUUGGCGAUGGAUCCUCUGUUCACUUUUUUUCCCAGUCCACUGAGGUAAAGUAUUUUUACUGCUCCACACGGGUCUUUAAAAUGUAUGGAGAUAAAGGCCUCAAAGACCACAGGAUGUCUUUUGAGGACUUUGCUGCCUCCCCAUUUUCUGACCGGGAGCUUGAGGCUGCAAAACAGAGGAGUGCAGCGUGGAAGAAGGUGGCAGAGGAGAGGACAAAGAGGAAGUCUGCAGUGCAGCUUCCAACAGGUCGCCUGUGCAGAUUCUGUCACCAGCCACUGAAGCAGGGUCCUGGCAGCCCUCAUGUCCAUGCCUGUUUCCCUGACAUCCCAGGGAAAUACAUAUACUGUCCCUCCAGAGUGUUGUCCCUUUACAAGGACAGGCGCAUGGCAAAGGAGAUGACCUGGAUGGAGUUCCAGAAGUCUGACUUUUUUGAGGCAGAAAGGGACCGAUGGGUUUCAGAAAAAAGGAGUUGAGGAGAGACUAAUGGAGACUAAUAGUUUCAUAAUAUUGUAUAUAUGUUUACACUUUUUACUAAAUAUAUUCUGUACAUUUUUAUUGUUCCUUUGUUUACAUGUUUACAUAUUAUUUAUCUUCAAUGUCAGCUUUGAUUUUGUGUGUUUAAUUAUUCAGCUCGUGUGUAUGUACAAUAAAAUAUCAUGAAAACAUGACUGACUUUCUUUACUUGACAGGGUUA